GUCAAGGAGUGCCAGUCCGAGUCGGUCCCCGGUUGGCGAUUACAUAACCACGGUAUCCACGUGGGCUCGCGUAACAUUUGGACGCCGCCGAACGCUUUGCGUCGCUGACUGACUCCCAGUCGCGCUGGACAGCAUUGCGGCGUCCAGUUCUUUUACUUUUCCUCCUUAUUUCUCUUCGUUAUGGCUUUCUUUUCUCGCCCGCAGUCGUCGUCGGCUAUCAAGAUCGUGAAUCCUAACACCCAGGAUGAACUGAGACCUCAGUCACGGAAGGAUUCGGUGCAACGACAAUGUAGGAAUAUUAUGAUUUAUGGCUCUUGUAAAUACCAAGACAAAGGAUGCACGUAUUACCAUCCACCUGCGCCGGACACGCCCAAGCCUACUCCUCGGUCGGAGUCUCCUGCUAUUGGUUCACUGACUGCACAGGCCGUCAAUGCUCCCGUCUUCGUACCCAAGGCUGCCGUCGCAUCUGUUCCGGUUCCCCAGACUACGUCGCCGCCGCCGCUAUCUGCUUCGCGCCAGUCGUCUGUUGCAUCGCCAUCUCCCCCAUCCCCCGCACUGCAGACCGAUUAUCAGGAUUUUCAACCUCAGGAUGCAUACGAUAAUUACCCGUAUAGCGGAGACCUAUCCAUUGACAGUCUGACGAAUCAGAUGUCAGAUCUUGACUCUCAGUUCUAUGAUGUUGGUGGAGUUGAUGCUUCCUACUAUUCUGGUCCUCCUGACCUUUACAUACGUGAACCCUUGAAUUAUCACCUCUAUACGAACACUAUUCCUCCUGCAUUCAUUUCUACCCAUUCCGAUAGUCAUUUCGUUCCCUCAUCUUCUGAUCUCAGACAAGUACUUCAGACCCGAAGCGAAACUAUACGCGGUGCUCCUGCGCCUGGUCUGAACUUGCCAGAGGACCUGCAAGGUUAUCACACUCUUGUUCCUCUUGAAUCUAGUGCUGCCAAUGAACGCCGCAAGUUUGGGAGCUGGUAUUCCACUGUAUACCGUGCUAUCAACUCUGCAGACGGCGCACCUUAUACCUUACGAAGAGUGGAGAAUUAUCGCUUGAUGCAUCAAUCCGCUUUCACUGCCAUUGAGGCCUGGUCGCGCAUUCGACAUCCGAACAUUGUUCUUGUUCGUGAGGCGUUCACAACACGCGCUUUCGGUGAUAGCUCUCUUGUCGUAGCUUAUGCCUAUCACGCUGGUGCCAAAACCCUUUACGACGCUCACUUUAAACCACAACCCCCGACCGUCCAACCGUCCUUUAUGCAUAAUCGUUCUCAUAUUCAACUUCAACCAACAGCGAUCCCAGAGCGCACAAUUUGGUCAUAUAUCAUCCAGAUCGCUUCUGCAAUCAAAAAAGUCCAUGAAGCAGGACUCGCAGUACGAAUGAUCGAUGUUUCCAAAAUAUUGGUCACAGGCAAGAAUCGCAUUCGGAUAAGCUCUUGCGGAAUUGUAGAUGUUCUGACCUACGACGCUCAGCAGGACAUACAUCUGUUGCAACUUGAAGAUCUGUCAAUGUUUGGUCGACUUAUCAUCGCUCUCUGUUGUACAAACGCUUCAGCUGCCUCUGGGAGUAAUUUUCAGAAAAGUCUGGAGAUGAUGGCACAGACAUACAGUCCUGAGAUUAAGAACGUGGCCUUGUUCUUGAUCAGCAAGAAUAAUCCUCAUCGAAACAUUGUUACUUUCUUUGAUAUCAUCCAUAGCAAAGUCGUUGCUGAGAUGGACGAUGCCCUGGACGCGACGGAUCGACUUGAGAACGAACUUAUGGGUGAGCUGGAAAAUGCGAGACUCGUGCGGUUGCUCUGCAAGUUUGGUUUUAUCAACGAACGACCCGAGUUCGCUCGCGACCCUCGUUGGUCUGAAACUGGCGAUCGUUACAUUAUCAAACUCUUCCGCGACUAUGUAUUCCACCAGCUUGAUGAGAACGGCAAUCCUGUCACUAAUCUCUCACAUGUCUUGACUUGCCUGAACAAGUUGGACGCUGGAUCGGAAGAGAAACUCAUGCUGAUUGCUCCAGAUGAACAGAGUUGCUUGGUCGUGAGUUAUAAGGAGAUCAAAUCGUGCGUCGAGGCGGCUUUCAGCGAUCUUGCUAGGGCUGGAAGCAGCGGCUACAGAGUGUGAUACCUGAUGGAGGUGUGGAACAUUAUCGGAAUAAAAUAGGUAGAAUUUGAAAAAGACUCGGAAAAUAACAAAAAAAUGCUUGCCUUGCUUCACAUGAUAUCUACUGGAGAGGUAGGGAAGACUCUUCAGCGUGAAUUGGGAUCUAUAGCAUUUCUGAGAGGCCUCAAAGGGUUUCUAUUGAGCAAGCAGUAAUAGUGUAACUGUACCAUGGUCAAUACGGCCGACGCCGCCGGUCAAUCAAGGAAAGUGUUCAGCCGACUCAGAAUUUGAAAUCUUGCAUC